GGCCCCGGGGCCACGAACGUCUUGAGUCGAACUCAACGGUCUUUUUCUACUCAAAUCUGAGAAUUUUCUCAAAUCUCUUGAGUUUCACUCAAGAAAGUGUGCCACGAAAAUAGAGUCUCACUCAAGCUGAGAAAAGUCUUGAGUUUUUCUCAAAAUAUCUGAGAUUGCUUAGCACCUGUCUCAAGCGUUUCACUCAGCAUUCAAAAUGGCUGCCAGACGUAUCCUUCUGUGGAAUAUGAUGCGAGUUCCGAGGCGAACAGUGCGAGACCGUAGCAAUCCAUUAGAGCUUUUGUCCGAGGAUGACAUUUUUCAAAGAUAUCGCUUUAGAUCCGCCACGAUCUUCUUCAUUUGUAGCUUGAUUUCGGACCCCAUCACCCACCAGACGCAACGAAGCUGUCCCUUACCACCCCUUCUACAAGUCUUGGCAGCUCUGCGGUUUUAUGCCACUGGGUCUUUCUACCAGCUGAUCGGAGAUUCCCUCUGUGUAUCCAAAUCAGCUGUUGGACGUGCAGUUCGAGCAGUUACCUCCCUUUUAUCUGCUUUAUCUGCAAGAUUUAUAAAGUUCCCUUCACAAAACGACAUUUCAUCUAUAAGAACCAAAUUCUAUCAAUUGGCUGGGUUUCCAAAUGUGGUAUGCUGUGUCGAUGGGACUUUAAUUCGUAUUCGAUGUCCUGUGCAAAACGAGGCAGAGUUUGUUUGCAGGAAAGGAUAUUAUGCUCUAAAUGUCCAGAUGGCUUGCGAUGCUACAUAUCGUUUUGUAAAUUGCGUUGCAAAAUGGCCCGGGAGUGUACACGAUUCCCGUGUAUUUAAGGAAUCCUCACUAGCCAGGAUAUUUGAGACUAAUGCACGCACAGGUUUGAUCUUAGGUGAUUCUGGUUAUGCCUUGAAAAGAUAUUUGAUGGUACCCUACCUGACUCCAUCAAACAGAGCCGAAGAAAACUUCAAUAAUGCAUUGUGUCGUACAAGGGUAACGAUUGAGCAAGCGUUCGGUAUCCUCAAGAGGCGAUUUCCUUGCCUUCAAAUAGGAUUACGAGUUCAGCCAGAACAAGCUUGUUCUAUUGUGGUGGCCUGUGUUGUGCUGCACAAUCUGGGCAUUGAGCGACAGGACAUCGUUGACAUCCCACCGGUCAACAGACAGAUAGUGGACGAGGUCGCAUUGCCAGCUGUGAACGGAGGUCGGAAUGAAGGAAAGGCAGUGCGGGACCAUAUUGCACAGACCUUUUUUGCCAAUUGAUAAACUGAUUGACCACAAUGACUCACAAUCGGGGUUUUGGGAGCCGGAACGGUUGAACUAGUGGUGCUCAGAGAUGAUGACGUUGACUGGUUGCACUCCACGCUCGACUCGAAGUCCAUUACAUCUGAAUAAAAACCAAUCUUAU